AUGAAGUCGCUGAAAGAAUUGAGUGCUGCCGCGUUCGAGAAGGACCCGCUGUACGGAUUGCAAACGUGGCGUACUAUCAACCCGACCGAGGACCCGAUCGACGAACUCAUUGUGCAUCCGCAAUAUUUGAGCGAAUUCGUCGCUGAUCUGCUUCAAAAACUCUACGUCGCUUGGAAUAUUCAAAGAGUCGUCCCGGAGUCGAUAAUCUAUUUCGGCCCGAAAUACAAAGUGAAUCAAGUUAGUUUUCCUCCAGAUUUUUGGCUCACACAAUUGAUUUUUUUCCAGGAGGCUAUCCAGCAUAUCAGGAAUACGAUUUGGAUCCACUUCCAGAAACUCAAGUGGUGGUACGAUCGUUACUCGAUCUACGCGUUGUCGGAAUACCACGCCGAGUGGCCAGAUAGCGAUUGA